AGUCUGCACCCCGGGCGGCCCGGCUCUCCGCCCUAGCCAUGGAGAACGGCGGUCCCCGCAUCCGCCGGAGGGUGUCUGUUCGCAAAAGGAACCGCGGCAGCCUAGAGAGCCUCUGCGUCGCCCCCGCCCCGGCCGAGCUCCAGCCCUCCGAGGACCUGGAGGACGAAGGGGCGGCCGGGAGGCGGCGGCGCAAAACCGGGAGCCCGGAGCCCGCCCAGGAGAACGACAGUGAAGAGGACAUGUUUAAUGACUAUGAUAGCUUUACAGAAAAUUCCUUUUUAGCUCAAGUUGAGGACCUGGAACAGAAAUAUACACAACUGCCUGAGCACAGGGAGCUUGUCACAGACUCAGCCACCGAAGGUCUUUGUUCAGAAAGCAUGGAAAACAAACUCCCUGUCUUCGCCGUGAGCAGCUCUACUGACCCUGAAACUAACCAACACAUAAAGAACCAGAGUGCUGCAGAUGGCCCUGCUGGGCCUGAACCUGACAGUGAUCUUUUGUUUGAUGUGCCUUCUUCUCAGAUUUUAUAUUUUGAACGUAUACAGAACUCAUCAAAUGAUUUGGGCGGUCAAUCUGCUAAGGAAAGAGAUGGGAACUCACAUAAAUUGCUGAAUGAGGAACCGGCCUUUAGCCAUCAAGAGCUGCCGCAGCCAAAUGAUGACCUCGCUGAAACAAGAGCUUCUUCAGAGACGAGCAGGAGGAAGAGUAUUGCAGACCACCUGAAAAGUGCCAUGGCUGGGAAUGCCACAGCCCAAACACCGGUGUUUUCCAGGAGUAAACACCUCAAAGAGACCCUCCUAUCUGAGGAGAUCAGUGUUGCUAGGAAGGCAAUGGAGUCACCUUCGGAUGAUCUUGGUCCUUUUUAUUCUCUACCCAGCAAAGUGAGAGACCUUUAUGCUCAGUUGAAAGGAAUCAAAAAACUAUAUGACUGGCAGCAUACUUGCCUCACAUUAAGUUCUGUGCAAAAAAGAAAAAAUUUAAUAUAUUCCUUGCCAACAAGUGGUGGAAAAACCCUUGUGGCUGAGAUUUUAAUGCUACAAGAACUGCUCUGCCGACAGAAGGAUGUUUUAAUGAUUCUUCCAUAUGUGGCAAUUGUCCAAGAAAAGAUUGCCAGUUUAUCAAGUUUUGGUGUAGAACUUGGUUUCUUUGUUGAAGAAUAUGCUGGAAGCAAAGGAAAAUUUCCUCCGACUAAAAGGAGGGAAAAGAAAUCGCUGUAUAUCGCCACUAUCGAGAAAGGGCACAGCCUGGUGAACGCCUUGAUUGAAACCGGACGGAUCAGCUCUCUGGGUCUGGUUGUCGUCGAUGAGCUGCACAUGAUCGGGGAAGGGAGCCGUGGCGCCAUCCUGGAGAUGACCCUAGCGAAAGUGCUCUACACUAGCAAAACAACUCAGAUUAUUGGAAUGAGUGCAACGUUAAACAAUGUCCAAGACCUGCAGGAGUUCCUUAAAGCCGAGUAUUAUACCAGUCAGUUCAGACCAGUUGAGCUGAAAGAAUACCUGAAAGUGAAUGACACAAUCUACGAGGUGGACAGCCGAGCUGAGAACGGCAUGACCUUCUCUCGCCUCCUUAACUACAAGUAUUCUGAUGCCCUGAAAAAGAUGGAUCCCGAUCACUUGGUGGCGUUGGUGACAGAAGUUAUCCCCAACUACUCCUGCCUGGUUUUCUGCCCGAGCAAGAAGAACUGUGAGAAUGUAGCAGAAAUGCUGUGCAAAUUUCUAAGCAAGGACUUUCUAAACCACAGAGAGAAAGAAAAGUCCAGAGUGAUUAAAAACUUGAGGGACAUGGGCAACGGCAAAGUGUGCCCUGUCUUGAAGCGCACCAUCCCUUUCGGAGUGGCCUAUCACCACAGCGGUCUAACGAGUGAUGAACGGAAGCUUCUGGAAGAGGCCUACUCCACAGGCGUGCUCUGCCUUCUCACCUGCACAUCCACCCUGGCAGCGGGGGUCAAUCUGCCGGCUCGCAGAGUCAUCCUAAGAGCCCCCUACGUGGCGAGAGAAUUCUUAAGGAGGAAUCAGUAUAAGCAGAUGAUUGGCAGGGCUGGCCGCGCUGGGAUCGACACAGUUGGCGAGAGUAUUCUUCUAUUGCAAGAAAAAGACAAGCAGCAGGUCCUGGAGCUGAUAAACGGACCCGUGGAAAACUGCUACAGCCAUCUUGUUGAGGAGCUCACCAGGGGGAUCCAGACUUUGUUUCUGUCUUUAAUUAGUUUGAAGAUUGCAACAAGUCUUGGUGACUUAUAUCAGUUUAUGAACGGUACAUUUUUCGGUGUUCAGCAAAAGAUUUUAUUGAAAGAAAAGAGUCUCUGGGAAAUAACUGUUGAGUCACUUAACUACCUGACAGAGAAAGGCCUUCUCCAAAGAGACAGCUGCGGGGCCUCGGAGGAGGCACAGUGUUGCUUCCACAUCACAAAACUGGGCCACGCUUCUUUUAAGGGGGCCAUUGAUUUGGCCUAUUGUGACAUUCUGUAUAGAGACCUGAAGAAAGGUCUUGAAGGACUUGUACUGGAAAGUCUUCUCCAUCUGGUCUACCUAACAACCCCCUACGACCUUGCUGCUCAGUCUGAGCCUGACUGGAUGGUGUACUUCAGGCAGUUUAGUCAGCUCAGUCCAGCAGAGCAAAAUGUAGCUGCUCUCCUUGGAGUCUCAGAAAGCUUCAUCGGGAAGAAGGCAUCGGGACAAGCCAUCAGAAAGAAGGUGGAUAAGAACAUCGUCAACAGGCUCUAUCUGUCUUUUGUCCUUUAUUCCUUGCUGAAAGAGACCAACGUUUGGAGUGUGUCUGAGAAAUUUAAUAUGCCCCGAGGACACGUACAAAGCCUGCUCACGGGAGCCGCCUCUUUCUCGUCCAGUGUGUUACAUUUCUGUGAGGAGCUGGAGGAGUUUUGGGUUUACAGAGCCCUGUUGGUAGAACUUACCAAGAAACUGACCUACUGCGUGAAGGCGGAGCUAAUCCCGCUCAUGGAAGUGACCGGGGUCUUAGAGGGUCGAGCAAAACAGUUAUACAGUGCCGGUUACAAGACUAUAAUGCACUUAGCCAAUGCCAAUCCAGACGUGCUAGUGAGGACAAUUGAGCAUCUGUCCAGACGCCAGGCCAAGCAGAUUGUUUCCUCAGCAAAGAUGCUGCUGCACGAGAAGGCACAGACUUUGCAGGAAGAAGCUGAAGAACUGCUGAGGUUGCCUGCCGACCUCCCCGGGCUGGGGGCUUCGGACACUGAGAAGGUGUGACCGUGCUGGGGAAUCCGCUCUGUGGUAGGGCGUUUGCCUCACAUGCCCAAGGCCCUGGGCUAAACCCUCAGUACUGUCAAGAAAGAAGAAAAGGCCAAAGGGGUUAUAACUUAGCACGGUGGUGAACACCUGUAAUUCCAGCUCUUGGGAGACAGAGGCAGGAGACUGGACAUUAAAAGUUACCUUCAACUACAUGUAGAGCUGGAGGCCAGCCUGAGCUGCAGGAGUCCCUGUCUCAAAAAAAAAAAAAAAAAAAAA